AUGGGUUUGUUGCAUGCCAAAUAUGGAGAUCUGAAGGAAUGUAUUGCAAACAAGGAAUAUGUGUGCUCUAAGUCUACAUCAUCUGUUUGGUGGAAAGAUCUAUUCUUGACACAAGGCCAGGCAGCGAUUGUGGAAGUAUCAAAUUUGUUCUCUUACAGGCUGGGCAGUGGAGCAAAAGUUCUGUUUUGGUUGGACAAACGGAUUUGA